AUGCUUUGCAAUUCUUCCUCAUUUACAGUUUUCCUCAACAUGCAGCACCACCACAUGCUCGCAGCCUCUUACCAUGAUCACAAUUUAUCCACAUCUCCAAAACGCUUUUUCACCCUCAAUUCGAAUUUCUGCUUCAGACCCUCGUCAACAAAUGCAUUGCGCCACAGUCAUCCCUCCAAAGAAACACUCGUUUUAGAGUGGUGCCAGCCGUGUAGAAAUCAUACACAACCAUUCACUGUCCACAUGGAGGGCUUGCAGAGAGAUUUUGGGAGAAGAAAGUCAAAGCUGUCACACUGCUGCUCUACAGGAUCCUAA